UUAAAUAUUAAUUAAAAACCUUUUAGUUAAAUUUUGUAUGUGUAUGAAUUGUAUAUCGAUUACAUAAAAUGAAUUGUAAAAUAAAAUUGAUUUCUUUCAUGAUUACGACUUUGAUAAUUUGUGUAAAAUGUGAUGUAUUAUUAAAUAACACGGAUAAAAAUGUAGCCGAUUCUACAAAAACUACUCCUCCAGUAAUGUUCACCGAAGGUGAAAAUAUUCCAGUAGUUGUCAAUCCACCAAGGAUGGCCUCACCAAGUAACUUAACAGAAAGUACAAAUUCAACACAUAUUAAUUUGGAUAAAGAAGUUCAAUCAACAAACGCCACUAAGCAUAAUACUAUCACAGCAAGGAAAGGUGUAAAUGCAACUAUUCCAACAAUCGAUAAAACAAUCAAUCAAACAGUAAAAACAAACAUUACUGAAAUAAAAUCAACUACAGUGAUACCAAGUAGUUCGACGACAACUACAACAACUGAAGUGCCUAAAAUUAUUCCAGCCAAACCAACAGUAACAAUUGGUGCCGAUGAACCUUAUGCACCAUCACAUUUUUUAAAUAAAAAAGCUCAAAUAAAAGAAUCAAUUCCGUCACCCACAACAAAAUUAAAUGAUACCAUCGAUAAGAAAAAUGUGGAAAAAUUACUUUCAUCAAAAGUAGAUGAAGGUCCCGAUUAUAUAGUGCCAAUUGUCAUAACAAUUUUGUCUGUACCUUUAUUUAUUGCAUUAAUGAUGUUAGCUUAUCGACAUGGAGCUGAUUGGUGGGAUCGUAGACAUUACAGACGUAUGGAUUAUUUAAUUGAAGGCAUUUAUAAUAACUAAUAAGUUUUUUUGAAGCUAUUUUCAAGUAUAAGUUUUUUUUUUACAUAUCCAUACGUAUUGAUAGCAAGUAUUUCACACAAGCAUAAUGGGAAUGAAAAAAACUCCUCGCAAUUAUUUAGAGGUACGAGUCUUGGAAUAUUUAUGUAGUCCAAAUUAAAAGAUUAAUACUAGACAUAAUUCAAUUUGUAAGUGCAUUUAGUGCAAGACUAAAGAGUUAAAUUUAAAAAAGUGAAACGUGAAGUAUCAAAAGCAGAUGAAAAACCAAUUAAAUUAACAAAUGUAACUUUUUUUAAAAUUCUUAAGUUGAGGUAUUACUGAAGAUAUAUUUUAUAUACAAAUACUACUUAUUAUAUUCCGCAGUACUAUUCUUAUUUAAAAUAAAGGGUUUUUCAUUAAGAAUGAUAUAACUUGAAAUUUAAACAACUUAUAUAUGACACAAAAAAAUAUUGGUAAUAUAAGUUUGUCCGCUAUGUGUGCUUGUCUGUCUGUGGUAUCGUAUCUCUUAAACGGUUGAACAAAUUUUUUUUUGUCUAUUUGGACGAAAAUUUAAUGGAUAGUGUUCUUAGCUAUGUUUCAAGAAAAUCUGCUCAGUUUGGAGAGAGUUAUAAG